AUGCAUUUUUCGUAAUUCCAAAACUGCAUCAUCACAUGUGAUCAACAAGAUUCUGUGUCCUCGUCCUCUUUAUAAGCCAUCAAAUAUUGUUUAGAUUUCUUUGCACAUAGUUCUCUUGUGAGAGAGAGAAAUAUGGUUUCAAGGGUUCACAAGAGAACAGCCAUGUACAGGAACCUACAACUGCUUCGUUCAAUCAGAUGCUCUCACUCGCACCCUAAAGCCUCAGUGUUAUUGGAUUUGUCAAAUUACAUAGAAGGUUUAAAACAUAAGCUGCAAGAGUUGAAUCAGUUAACUGUGGCAACAGCACGAAAAAUCGUUGACUAUGAUCCAAUGCCUAAGCUUGAAGUUGAAGCACAAGAAGAGGGUUUUGUGAUCAAGGUUCUGAGUCAAAGCAGUUGCCAAGGGUUGUUGGUGUUUAUAUUGGAAGCCUUUGAAGAGCUGGGUCUUGAUGUGCUUCAGGCUAGGGUUUCUUGUGCAGACAGCUUCAGUUUAGAAGCUCUCGGAAACAAAGAGAACAAUGAAGAUACUCGCCCUUUGGAUGCACACUUAGUUGAAAAAGUAGUAUCUCAAGCUAUUCAAAACUGGAGGGAAGUUUCACAGAUAUAGUGAUCCAGCACCUAUUGUCGUGAUAAAAUUAAAAUCUAUGUUUGCUUAGUUUCCUUCUUGAUACAAUGUUUACUACUUUAUAGAAGUUGGCCUUUCUGAUGAAUAUUUUGAUUAUGAUAAGAUAAUGCUCAACUUUCUCAAGAUAAA